AUGACAUGUAAGAUCCACGCCGCAGGCGAGGGAAGCGUGCGGCUUGCGCUGAACGCCUAUGAGGCUGUGCGAAAGAACAAUCCCAAUGGUUCCAAGCACGAGCUCGCGCACUGCAAUGCAGUUCAUCCAGACGAUAUCCCACGAAUUGCAUGCCUGGGCCUCACGGCCGAAAUGUCUCCAGCAAUUCUGCACCAUCCCAUUGUGCAGGCAGCGCCCCAUCUGCUGAAUUUGUUCGAUCCACUUGCACACCUGGUGGAGAAACUUGUAGUGCCUGAAACACCAGCCCAUAAGGGAUUGAACAAGAAGCAGGUAGCCGCUGCAAUGCUCUACCGUAUGAUCAUGCUGGGAGGUGCGGAAGCGGUAGGCAGAAGUCGCACGCAGUGUGGCAUUGAAGUUGGGAAGAUGGCAAACUUCAUUGCUGUUGAUCAGGACUUCAGUCAGGGAAAGUUUGCUGGAGCCACGGUUUUGAAGACUUGGUUUGAGGGACGACAGGCGUAUAGUUUUGUGCCGGGUCAGUUGGGAUUGAAGUCCUCAUGA